UGGCCGGAGGAGAUCAAGGCCCCCGCUGAACCACAAAAGGAUGAACUUGACAUUUCAAAUGUUGAUUCUGGGUUGUGGAUCAUCCAACCAGCCAGUCAGACACCUGCCCAGGACCCACCCCGCAGUGGAGGUGCAGCUUCUCUGCCUGAACUGCAACAGAUCUGUCAAUACCUGGGAGACCUUCGUGCCCACCUCACCUCGAAGCACAAGGAGAGCGAGCUGCUGGACCAGUGGUGCCAUGUGGGAUAUGUCCUCGACUCCCUGCUCUUCCGCAUCUAUCUGCUGCUCAUCUCCUGUUACGCGCUGGUCAUCAUCUCCAUGUGGUGCGUCUGGAUCAACCAGUCCUAAGGGAUCAAUUCAGGGACAAUUAGUAGGUAGUCCAGGUAACAAGUUUAAAAAGCAAUCUGUAUUUUAUCAACAUUUAUCAAUUAUUAAUGUUGUUUUUUUUAUUAAAUGUGUUGUAUUGCUAGUUUUUUUGUCCUAUAGGUGUGUCUGUUAGUUAAUUAGCUUAUUUUUAAAACGUGCAUUCUGGUCUCUAUUAAAUAAUAAUUUCACUGGAAAAAUUAUUAUUUAAUUAUUUAAAGCAGUUUUUGUUCAUCAAUUUCUUGAAUAUAAAAAAUCUGUUGCCAUUAUUUGGUACUGUUCUCAGUUGGUUCAGGUCAUAUCUCGAAAGCAGGGGCUAUUGUUGCCAUUGGGGAUCAUAUAUCUGAGUGGAGUCCCCCAGGGAUCAAAUCUUGGACCUCUAUUAUUCAACUUGUAUAUGCACCUUAUCAAAUAAUGUAAGACAGUAAUAGUAUGUUAAUAUGGGAUAGUAUAACAUGCCUUCUCUGUUAUUCCUGUCAUCCUACAAUUAAAGGCAACCAGUGUGCUUCA